UAUGAAUUUCACCACGAAUAUAUGUUACCGCUGUAUCGCGACAAAUGUAAAAUCAUGUACACCGACACAGACAGUCUUGUAUAUCACAUUGAAUGUGAUGAUGUGUACGAGACGAUGAAACGCGAUAUCGCUAGAUUCGAUACGAGCGAUUAUCUGGCGGACAACGCAUAUGGUAUGUCUCUCGUGAAUAAAAAAGUACCCGGCCUAAUGAAGGACGAAAAUAACGGUGCGAUUAUGACGGAAUUUGUUGGACUCAGAGCGAAAAUGUAUGCGAUGAGAGUGGAUGGUAAAAAGGACACCAAAAAGGCGAAAGGUGUAAAAAAUAACGUCGUAGCGCGAACAAUAACGUUCGAUGAUUAUACACGGUGUUUGAAUGAAGAGAUCGAAAUG